AUGCCGACAUGCAAGUAUAACGGAACCACAUACCCUAAAAAUAACUCCACUGCUUUCGAACAGCGUAUGAUGUUGUAUUCUGACUCAGACGCCAUGUGGUGCAAAGAGGAUUUCGUAAGGCGGUUCAUUAGCAAGGUUGAACGAAAGAAAACAUCCGGAGAGUUGAUGUCAAUCUCGCAAAGGCCGAAGGAGCCACUGAGAGAGUACCUGACUUGGUUCAACAAUGAAUCCAUUACCAUACCUGACUUACAGCAGGAAAUAACACUUUUAGCUCUGCUGAGGGGAAUGCAGGAGUGCGAGUUCAAGAGGUACUUGGGAAGAAAAUCGUUCACUUCACUGGGGGAGGCUUUGAGGAAAGCUAAUGAAUACAUCAGAAGUGAUGAAUUGAUGCUGAUAUCACAUCCCACGAUAGGAGGUCAGGCAGUACAAUCAGCCAGAAAAGAUCAUGUUCCCACACAACAACAAAAUUUCCGAAAAGAAAGCGGUAGAAAAGAGGGUUAUCAUCAGAGAGGAGGCUAUCAGGCCAGACAGUCGGUAGGAGCAUAUCAGGUGUAUACUCCGCUCAACACCGCUAGAGCAGCUAUUUACGCUGUAAGCAAAUCAGCAGCAUGGAGAAAGCCGUUACCACUGAAUACUCCAGGUAACAAUAAGAAUUUUUGUGCUUUCCAUAACGAUCACGGUCAUUACACAGAGCACUGCAAAGAGUUGAAAGAUAACAUCGAAGAGUUGGUGAGGAAGGGAUACCUAUCCCAGUACAGGGCCCGGCAGGAGGGCCACGGAGGCCAUAGUAGGCAAGGCAACUCACACCACCAUGCCCCCUAUGUACCUACCCAGCCGGGAUAUCCACAAGCCGCUGGUUGGAUCGAACAAGCACCACCACUCCGACAAGAAACCCGAUCGCUACCAGAAACGAGUAAAGAGGGGGCUGACAGAAGAAAAAGACCCACUAUUUGGGUGAUCUCAGGAGGGCCCGUACAUGGAGGUACGAUCAGUGGGGCAGUAAAAAGUUUAGAGGAGCAUCGACACCUGGUGAGUUACCAUAGUACAAGAAAAUGGUCGGAACCACCCCCCUUACCGGUCAUUACUUUCACUUCGGAGGAUUGUCGCGGCAUCAUAUACCCCCAUGAUGACCCGUUGGUACUGGAGCUAGAAAUAGCAAACUUUCCAGUCAAGAGAUGCCUGAUUGAUGGGGGCAGUUCUGCAAAUAUCAUAUUCUGGGAGGCUUUCACCCAGUUGAGCAUCGACCAUGGAGAGUUAUCCAGGGUGAACUACCCCGUUAUCGGAUUUUCCGGAGCUAGCGUCUACCCCGAAGGCAGUAUCCGUCUGCCAGUGCAGGUGGAUAGAGGAAUAUCAGCUAGGGAUUUGAUGGUUGAUUUCUUGGUAAUUAAGGUACCGGCUGCAUACAAUGUGAUAAUUUGUCGACCGUUUAUCCACGACGACGCGCAGGCAGUGGUGUCUACAUAUCACUUGACUAUGAUAUACCUCUCGAAUCUGGAAAGAACUGAAAUAGUACAUGGCAGCCAAGAAACUGCCAGAUCAUGCUAUGUGACAGCUAUAAAAGCACCCGGAAGGAUGGUGUUGGAAACCAACCUAGCUCGAGAGGCCAACAUACCGGCUAAGAGACAAAGAGGAGAUCUCAGUAUGGAAAAUUUUGAUGAAAGGCCUGCCGGCAUCCCAAGGCCGGCGACAGAUGGAGACACACGAGAAAUUGAGUUAGUAGAAGGAGUUCCGGAAAGAACAGUUUGA